ACAGGUCAAGGUUCGGGAGCUCUUGUUAUAAAUAGGAGCCUCGUGAGUCCCGUGUGUUUGCCGAGAACAUGGACUGCGAAUGCGAUUGUUUAGCGUACGGUAACGGCCAGUCGAGCGCCAUCCUCUUCAACAUCCUCAGCCGAGGCGAGUCGGGUCCGAGCGAGCCGGGCUGCAGGCGGGUUCCUCAGGCGUGCCGCUGCGAGAAGCGCAGGACGGUGUGUCUGAAGACGCCCGGAGAGACGUGUCCGCUGGCGUCGGACGUGCUGGUGAAGACCGUGCACUUCAUGAAGAGCCUGCCGGCGUUCCAGCAGCUGCCGCCCCGAGACCAGCUGUCCCUGCUGAAGAGCUGCUGGGCCCCGCUCUUCAUCCUGGGGCUGGCCCAGGACCGCGUCGGCUUCGAGGUGCGGGACUCUCCGGCGCCCAGCAUGCUGAAGAGGAUCCUGCUCAACGGCCGAGAGGCGCCGGCCCCCGACCCGGGGCCGCCCACGCUGACCGGCGCUCAGACGCUCAGAGCCUGCCUCAAGAAGUUCUGGAGCCUGGAUCUGAGCCCCAAGGAGUACGCUUAUCUGAAAGGAACCGUCAUAUUCAACCCAGAUGUGCCGGGUCUGAAGGCGUCUCUGUUCAUCGAGGGUCUCCAGUAUGAAGCUCAGCAUGCUCUGAAGGAGGUCCUGGUUCCUCUUCAUCCUCAGGACCGAGGGCGCUUCGCUCGGAUCCUCCUCACCGCGUCCUCUCUGAAGACCAUCACUCCGAGCCUCAUCACGGAGCUCUUCUUCCGGCCGGUCAUCGGUCAGGCAGACCUGCUGGACCUGCUGAUCGACAUGCUCUUCUCGAGGUAGCCAUCUGAAGACUUUCCAUUGUUUUCUCCGGCGCUGGAUGAAGACGCUGCUCAAGGGUUACGUUUGAAAUAUCUAACAAGUUACAGACUUUGGCACAUCUUUAUUGUUUACACAGUUUAAUGAAAUUACUGCACCUUUGUAAUGGUAUUUAGGUCACGGGUAUGUGAUUUAUUGAUUGUUUCCCCUUUUUUUUGGAAGCGUCUUUUUGUACGAGACGAUUGUGAAAACUGAUGAAGCUCUAGAAAAGAUCUCCACACCUGUGGGAAGCUCAUGUGCUGUCUCUGUGAGAGAGCUAGAGGAAAACAUUUGUUUGUUCAUAAAUAUACUGUAAUUAAAUCUAUUUUUACAGA